UAAAACUGCAACCAUUGGCCUUUUGCGUGUUGUGGUUUGGGUUUAUGACAUUUUCAAGUUCAGUGGUCCUAUAACUAAUCUUUUUGGUUGCUUUGUUUGCUUUUUUCAUUCAAGAAACUGAAGAUUUUCGAAAUAAUGUCUUCAAACGAAGACAGAGCCAAGGAGAUUCUCAAAGGCUUUAAACUAAACUGGAUGAACUUAAGAGACGCAGAGACGGGGAAGGUUCUUUGGCAAGGUACAGAAGACCUCUCUCUUCCUGGGGUAGAACAUGAAGCUCGAGUUCCCAAGAAGAUCUUGAAGUGCAAAGCUGUUUCCAGAGAGCUGAAUUUCUCGUCAAUAGAAAAACUGGAAAAGUUCAGACUUGAACAGAAGGUUUUUUUCAAAGGCCAGUGUUUAGAAGAAUGGUUCUUUGAGUUUGGUUUCGUGAUUCCCAAUUCCACAAACACAUGGCAAUCUUUGAUAGAGGCUGCACCUGAGUCACAGAUGAUGCCAGCAAAUGUUUUAACCGGUAAUGUUGUGAUAGAGACCAAGUUCUACGAUGAUGAGCUUCUUGUAAGCACUUCCCGAGUACGACUUUUCUAUGUCUGAAGUGGAACACCUUGCAUUUCUUUUUUUUUUAUCUUUUUUUUUUUGAAGGGGGAAAAGAACAAGUCUCACGUAGCUGCAAGACUUUUGUAUGGUCAGAGAGAACCGACCAUCUAAAGUGUUUUUGUCUGUUACUGUGACUAAGUCACUCUAAUGGAAAUGACGCGGAAACAAUAAUCAAAGCAAGCUCUGAAGAUCUCACCGGCUCACUGCAGAUAUAAAGACUUUUUGUAUAUAUGAGCACCGAUGCUCAUCGCGACCAACCUUGUAAAUUAUUUUAUUUGUACAUUUCCCCUUUCGCUCCUAAAUCUCCAGUUGCAAUGUACACUGCUUCAUUGUUAGCUUGUAUUAAGAUAUUUGUUUGCUUCCAGUUGAUGUUGUGGUUGCAGAUGUUGUUGUUGUUAGUUGUAACUAAGCUGUAAAAUAGGUUGUGUUUAAUACUGAAUGUAAUUAUGAAU